GCCAGUGUCAUGGGGUGUGUGUGUGUGUGUGUGUGAGAGAGAGAGAGAGAGAGAGAGAAAGAGAGAGAGAGAGAGAGACAGCAAGCCUGACAGGGUAGACCCAUGGAGGCCACCUUGAGCUCCUUGGAGAAAAUAUGGGAUAGAAAUGCUGUUUAUAAAGAAAGGGGACCCAGCCAAUAAUCUGGCCACCACAUUUUGUGCCAGUUUUCUUCAAGGGCAGUUCCACAUAGAGGACAUUGCAAUAACCCCAUGUCAUCCUGAGCAUGGAAUACCCUGGCCACGUCAUCUCUGUCCCAAGGGGACUGUGGCUGGCAAAGUAGCCGGAGCUGGAAAUGGUCCCUUACAAUCCCAGUAGGAAUGUGAGCCCUUCUUGACUCACUUUUUAGUGCUUUCCUUUGGCCCCCAGGGGGUGGCUAGAUAGGUAAGAAAAAGGGAUCCCACCCCAGUAGUCUGCCUUGAGAACUUUGCAGAUUCCAGGUGCUAGGAAAUGAGACAGAAGCAGGAAGGAAAUGGACCCUGAAGUGGGGAUGGGACAGAGAGCAAUGCUUGAGGAUCCCAGGGAUGGUUGGUAUCCGUCUUGUCUCAGGAGACAAUGGGAGAGCGUGCCUUUGGGGGCGAGAUCAAACUGCGCCAGCUGUGGCUCCAGAGGCUAUAGCCUAAUGUCAAAAUUACACUCGUAGAAAUGACUCACUUGUCAGUCACAGUUCUGACUUCAUUCUUUGACUGAAAACACUGAAAGGCAGGAGCAACCAGGCAGAUUCAUUCAACAGAAAAUCCCUGUUUCCUCACAUUUUGCAUGGUACGUUCCCUUCUAGAAGGCCUAGAUCAGACACCCCCAAAUUUGGCCCUCCAGAUGUUUUGGGACUACACUUCACACCAUCCCUAACCAUUGGUCCUGCUAGCUAGGGAUGAUGGGUGUUGUAGUCCCAAAACAUCUGGAGGGGAUGUCUGGCCUAGAUGCUGGCUUCUCCUUUUCCGUUUUGGAAAAAGAAAGUUCAGAGUCUGGGCUAUGUUUCAGUCCAGCCCUGGUUCCCACCAAGAUUCACCCACACUUUCUCAGGAAACCUUUUUAUUCUCUUGACCGUGUAUCUGUUUCAUAACAGAACAAUAUUUGCUUUGUAGGAUUUGCAAACGCCUCUACUUAGGACAGACGGAACUGGGCAGAAGAACAAGGGAUUCCUUCCGAUCUCUUGGAAGCUUCCUGAGAGCCCAGAUGGAUGAGCAAGACUCAGCUGGCCCUGAAGCAGGAAGAGGCCAUGCCAUCCAAACUGGGAGCAGUGGGGGAUUCUGGGAAAGCUCCAUGCAGAAGAUCCUGGGUGAGGAGGACACCCUCAGCUCAGAUAUGCAGAGAAAAAAAUUAAGGCAAAUUAGCUCCCAGGAGGCAAAAGGACCUCGAGAGGUUUGCAGCCGACUCCACCACAUUGCCUGUCGGUGGCUGAAGCCAGAAAGGCACACGAAAGCUGAGAUGCUGGACCUGGUGAUCUUGGAGCAGUUCCUGGCUGUCCUUCCACUGGAGAUGGAGAGCUGGGUGAGAGAAUGUGGAGCGGAGACCAGUUCCCAGGCGGUGGCCCUGGCCGAAGGAUUCCUCCUGAGUCAGGCAGAGGAGAGGAAGCAGGCAGAGCAGCAGGUGAGAGAGACUUUCCUCUGGAUAUUCCCAGGGGUCACUUAACAGGAGGGAGAGUAUCCCAAAAUUCUCUCUUAAUCCCCCUAUAUUUUUUGGAAAGCCUCCAAGGAAUGAUAUCUGAUAUCCCUAAAGCUUUUGCCUCUCCCGUUCUUUUUCUUAUCUUUCCAUUCUCUGUUUUCAAUCCCUGUUGUUCUUUCAGGAAACGAUUAUUUUUGCAGAAAUGGGCCUGGAUUCCUGUGAGGCAGAGAGGACUCCGUUGGUCACGAGAGAGAGGCCACUGGGUAAGGAGGAAGGAAUUUUUUUCUCCAUUUGGUCACAUUCUGUGGAUUUGGAAACUAAUACGUCGUGGGUUAUUUUCAUCUUUUGGGGAGGACACCUGGGUCCCAGAUCUCAAAUGAGGGACAUGUAUUUUUAAAUACAAAUGUUAAAAGGCACUUAGUAGGUGAGACUUUUUCUAAGGCCCAUCUGUAGUUAGAGGUGCACUACUUCACCUCGAAGAAAAGCAUGUGCUAAUGGCCUGCCACUUACCUUUGUCUCUCACAGGUGACAGAACGAUGCUGCCAAGACCCCUUCUUCCAUCUUUGCAUGGAGGCAGAGGAGAAACAUCAGCUCUGGAAACAGAUCAGGUAGGGAGAAGGAGCACUGUGGGGAAAAGAGGCUAUGAGAUGGGGCAGCCAGGCAGAAAACACCAGAGCAAUGUUUAGUAGAUAAUCUCUAUGUUGUCUAAGAAGAGGACCUUUCCCUUUUUAUUUUAGGGUCUGGUGUACUUUGAAGAUGUAGCUGUUCAUUUCACAGACGAGGAAUGGGCGUUGCUGGAUCCUGACCAGAGAGCUCUGCAUAAGGAAGUCAUGGAGGAGAAUCAUGAGAUCAUGGACUCUCUCAGUAAGGCUGCCUUUUGUUUUUUUGAAAAAAUAAUAUUUAUUAAUUUUCCAACCGUUUAAACACAACAAAACAGGGGAAAAAAAACAAUACAGCAAUACAAUACAAUACAAAAACACUACAAAACACUAACACAUAAGACUAACAAAACAAGACACAAACCAUUUAAAACAAAGAACAAUUUCAAUAUCUUAUCUUUCAUUCCCUUAUUUCCAAGACCUCCUCACACCUCCCUUUUUGUAUUCCAAUUCUGUUAAUUGUUUCAGCAAUUCCUUUCCAUCUUCCUCUGUUUUCUAUCCUAUAAUUAUCUUAACACAUUCUAACCUUAUUUUUCCCUUUAAUACUCUAUUAAUCUAUUUAUACUUGAUUCCUUAUAGCAUUUCUACUAAAGCCAUAUAACUUCAUUCCAACAUUUUUCUAACAUUCAUUAUUUUUACAGUAUUUCUAUAAAUAGUCUUAAACUUUUUCCAGUCUUCUUCCACCGACUCUUCUCCCUGGUCUCGGAUUUCUGCCAGUCGUUUCCGCCAAUUCCAUAUAGUCCAUCAACUUCAUCUGCCAUUCUUCCUGAGUAGAUAAAUCUUGUGUCUUCCAAUACUUCACAAUGAGAAUUCUUGCUGCUAUUGUUGCAUACGUGAAAAAAGUUCUAUCCUUCUUUAACACCAAUUGGCCGACCAUGCCCAGGAGAAAGGCCUCUGGUUUCUUCAAAAGGGUAUAUUUAAAUACCUUUUUCAUUUCGUUAUGAAUCAUCUCCCAAAGUGUCUUAAUCCUUGGGCAUGUCCACCAAAGGUGAACUCUAAUCCUCAAAUUCGUCUGUUUUUCUUUAAGUUCAGUCAUAGCAAGCGUCAACUUAUGUUCAUCAAAUUGCCUCUGUAGGGCUGGGGCUCUCUUUCUCUUUCUCUCCAGUUGUGUUACUUUACAUUCAGCAACAACGGCUUUUCCCUGGCUUCCUCCGCAGUUUGCCGUAUCAAAGUAGGUUCCUGUAUCAAUUUCUGGGUGGUUUCUGUAUUGGUAUUAUUUAUACUUUCUGUAUUUAAGUUAAUUUUAGUAAUUGAAACAUCCACUUUCGCAUUUAUCGUGUCCAUUUUCCUGUUAAGCUGAUCCAGUGAGUCAUUUAUCUUAUAUAAUGCAGCCACUAAAGCCUCUUCUGUCGACAUUCCUCUUGGUUUUAAAUAUACUGGUACAAAGGCAGCGACAGAAGGAGCAGGGGGGCCUGAUGAUGGACCUCUCCUGGAUUGUUGCCAAGUCCUCCCAGACCUUAAUGUUUUGUCAGCAGUUGACUGGUCUGUUUUUCCUCUUCCAUUUACCAUAACACUUAAAAGAUUCAAGUUCAGUCCCAGAGUCUCAUGGUUUUUAACUUGCAGCUGGAAAUUCCCCUAGCCCAGCUCUUGUAAAGCAACCGGUUUCAAAGGCUUCCACUAGGGGGAAACAGUUUCUAUUUGUAAUAGUCAAUAGUAUCCUCUUUUAAACAAUCCAAAAUUAGUUUCAAUUUUCAGUUACUUUUACUCCUUUUUAAAGCAGCUGGAGACAGUAGAAACAAUGUAUUUCUCUUGUUUAACUAGCUGUCAAUGAACGUUCUAAACGCUGUCAAUGAACAUUCCAAAAGAUGUCAGUCCUGCUAGCAGCCCGUUUCCAGGGUCAGAGCGGCGGUGUUUUAAAUCUCUUCGCUCUCUCCCACAGGCAUACUCAAUCCGCAACUUCCCCCUCUCUUCUCCUGCCUCCAAGAGGGGGUUUAAUGUUCUUUACCGAUGGAAAUUUAAUCUUUUACAAAAGGCUUUCCAGGACUCCAGCUUGCAACUUCAUUGCCUCAGUCUAUUUACCAAAGGGACAGGCGGACUUCCUGUUUUGAACCUCCCGUUACGGUACCAAAUUAAACAUUUAGAAAUCCAAUUCUUCCGCUUCAGCUCUACUCACGGGUAAUUACUUUAAAGUCAAAUUGUCCACAGGAAAAGGUCAGCGCUCUCCGGCAACAGCUAUGCGGCUUCGCUCCGUGGAAGAAGCAGACGAUUCGAUGCACCGCGCCGCUCACCCCACGUCGCUCCGGACCCCCAAAAACCGGGGUUCGCCGCGAGUGGGGGAGGCGCAAAAGGUGCCCGCCGAAUCCCACGCUCACAGGCUUCUCCCGCCUGUGAUUUUAACGGGUCUCCGCCUUCGCCGUGGCGGCCAGACCCAGAUUCCCAUGGAGCAGAUUCCUCCCGGUCAGAGGAAUUCCGCCAUUACCGGAGGCACCUCCCCGGAAGUCCCUAGUAAGGCUGCCUUUUGGAUUACAAUCUCUCUUUUGAAAUUCAGUAUGGAUCUCUAUGAGAUGAACCUCAAGUAUUUUAAUGGAGCUAAACAACAACACCCACAGCAUCUGGGGUUCUGACAGCCUCACAGUGAACUGUGACUGGAGAGUUAGCUACUGUUUUGUCUGUGAAUAUUCUUCCUCCAGUUUUGCUUUUAAAAAUCAUGAUCUGGCUGGUCUGAACUGCUUAAGUUUUGAAAUGCAGGCUUUAGAGACGUUUGGGAAGUUGAAGUAGCUUCUGUUAGUUUUUGAUUCACCAAAGAGAUGACUGAUGUGGGAAUCAUAGAAUCUUAGAGUCGUUGGGGCAAGACCUACUGAGAAGUGUUGCUGUGAUGGUGUAGCCUGACACUUCUGAGCAGCCUGUUUCUUCUCAUAAAGAGUUAACUUCACUUACUCGGUGUGAUUUAUUGCUGCCCCACUCCUGACACUCAGGUUCCCAUAAAUAUGUUCAUUAAUGCCUGUCAACAAAAGCUGUGAAGCUUGUAGUAAGACCUUACCUUUAAUUCCCUUCAGUUCUUCCUCUGUCCCAAGGAUUAAUUAGCAUUGUUCAAUAAUUGAGGGCUGCCUUUCUUCCUAAAACUGUGAUCUGUUUCUCUCUUUGUUACAGAUGGUGAUGUUUCGGAAAUGAAGAACAAGGCAGACCAUGACAAAGUCUACACAAUGGAGAAGCAAUAUACAUAUUUGGAGUAUAUAGAGAGCUUAAGUCAGAGCUCCCAUUCCACUCCCCUCCAAAGAAAUCUCUUUAGGAAGAAAUCCUAUCAGUGCUUGGAAUGUGGGAAGAGCUUCAGUCGGAAGGAUAGUCUCACUCUUCAUCUAAGAAUUCAUACGCAGGAGAAACCAUAUCAGUGCUUGGAAUGUGGAAGGAGCUUCAGUCAGAGCACAGGUCUCAGGUCCCAUCAAAGAAUUCAUACAGGAGAGAAACCAUUUCAGUGCAUGGAAUGUGGAAAGAGGUUCAGUCAGAGGGUCCAUCUCACAUCUCAUCAAACAACUCAUACGGCAGAAAAGGCAUUUCACUGUUUGGAAUGUGGAAAGAGCUUCACCCGGAAGGAAAACCUGACUUUCCAUCAAAGAAUUCAUACAGGGGAAAAACCAUAUAAGUGCUUGGAAUGUGGAAGGCGCUUCAGUUGGAAGACUAGUCUGACUUUACAUCAAAGAACUCAUACAGGGGAGAAACCAUAUCAGUGCUUAGAAUGUGGAAAGAGCUUCACUCAGAAGGAAAUUCUCACUUCUCAUCAAAGAACUCAUAAAGGGGAGAAACCGUAUCAAUGCUUGGAAUGUGGAAAAAGCUUCAGUCGGAAAUCUUAUCUCAGUUCCCAUCAAAUAACUCACAGUGAGGAGAAACCAUAUAAGUGCUUUGAAUGUGGAAAGAGCUUCACUCAGAGUGUCAACCUUAAAGCGCAUCAAAUAAUUCAUACAGGGGAGACGCCAUUUCAGUGUUUGGAAUGUGGGAAGAGCUUCACCAAGAAAUUAAAUCUCACUUUCCAUCACAGAAUUCAUACAGGGGAGAAGCCAUUUCAGUGCUUGGAAUGUGGGAAGAGAUUCAGUCAAAGAGCGGGUCUCAUGUCCCAUCAAAGAAUCCAUACAGGUGAGAAGCCAUUUCAUUGCUUGGAAUGUGGAAAGAGCUUUAGUCACAGUGCUAGCCUUAAGAACCAUCAAAGAGUUCAUACAGGAGAGAAGCCAUUUCAGUGCAUGGAAUGUGGAAAGAGCUUCACCAUUAAAUUAUCUCUCACUUCCCAUAAAAAAAUUCAUACAGGGGAGAAGCCAUUUCAGUGCUUGGAAUGUGGAAAGAGCUUCAGUCGGAACUCACAUCUGAAUUCCCAUAAAAGAACUCAUAGCAAGGAGAAACCUUAUUCGUGCAUGGAAUGUGGUAAGAGCUUUACCCAGAAGGGAAGUCUCACUUCCCAUGAAAGAACUCAUACAGGGGAGAAACCGUAUCAGUGCUUUGAAUGUAAAAAAAGGUUCAGUCAUAGCGCCAAGCUCUUAGUCCAUCAAAGAAUUCACAUAGGAGACAAAUGAUACCAGUUCUCGGAAUGUGGAAAAAGCUUCAGUCAGAGUGCCGUUCUUUAGGUGCAUCAAAGAAUACAUACAGUGAUUUAAAAAAGAAUGUGGGAAAAGCUUCACCCAUAAAGUAACUCUCACUUCCCAUCAAAGAAUUCACAUAUGGGACAAAGCAUAUCAGUUCUCAAAAUGUGAGAAGAGUGUCACCAAGAAGGAAAAUCUCACUUCCCAUCGAGGAUUUCAUAAAGGGGAGAAACCGUACCAGUGCUUUGAAUGUGGAAAAAGGUUCAGUCAUAGUGCCACCCUCACAGUCCACCAAAUGAUUCUUAAAGGGAGAAACCAUAUCAGUGCUUUGAAUAUGCAAGGAGCUUCAGUCAGAGAAAUGUCAAUAUUACCUGCACAGUGGGAACGUAUUUUAGAAUCUAUUGGACUCCACAUAGAGGUCUGUAUAAAUAAUAAUAAUAAUAAUAAAUUUUAUUUAUAUCCCGCCCUCCCCAGCCAAAGCCAGGCUCAGGGCGGCUAACAACAAACAAAUAAUCAAAC